AUGGAUGCUUGCUUUCGAUUCUAAAGAAGUUAAAAAAGGUAAGAGUUCAUAAAAAUUGUCAAUAUAGGUCCAAUCAUAGACAGAAUCCUAUUUAUUUAAAAAGUACUUUAUUUCAUGAUGAUGAAAAUACAAAAAAGUUAAGAUAAUGUGAAGUUGCUUAAAGAUUUUUUGUUUAUGAUAAGUUUAGAGAAAAGGGUAAUUUAUAUAAUUAUUUACAAAGGCAACAAAUUAUUAUAAAAAUAAGAAUAUGAAGAAGCUAUUAGAUAUUAUGAGAGAGCACUUGGUUGUUUUAGAUAUUUGGAAGUAAUUGAACCAUCUGAAGAAGAUAGUGAAGGAGAACAAAAAAUAACGCAAGAUAUAACAAAUUUAACUGAAAAAGAAAAAAAAGAAUUAGAUGAAAUGAAAAAUUCUGCUAAAUAGUAUAGGAAAGAACAAAAAUAAUUCAAAAAAUAAUAUAAAUCAUUAAUGACCAUAUAUACAGAUGAAAAAAUGUUAAAUAUAGAGGUAUUGAACAUAUCGAAGUAAUAAUUCUAUUUAUAAAUUAAGGAUGAAGCUGAUAAAGAAAUGUGCAAUUCUAUUAUGUAUGGUCUAUAUUUGAAUAUGUCAGUCUGUUACAUGAAAAUGUCUCAUUUUGAUUUAGCAAGAAAGAUCUUAGAUGAUGCUGGCUAAAUCUAAAAAGAGAAUUCUUAAUAUCUAUUUAGGUAUUCUUAAGCCAUUUUUUAUGAUAAAUGGUCAAAUUAUAAAGAUAUGAUUAAAACAAAGGAAUUAAUUGAAAAAGCUAUUAGUUUAUCUAAUGUUGAAAAUAUCUUUAAAUAAGGUCCAGGAAUUCUUAAAUUAAUGGGUUUAGAGAAUGCUAAAGAAAUUUAUGUUGAACAUGCUCAUAAAGUUAUGGAAGCAUUAAAAAAAAAGAAAUAAUGGGUUAUUGAUUUAAUUGAGCCUUUAUUUUAAAGAGCCAAAGAAAUUGAUGAAAUUGAAUAAAAAAUGAUUGAAGAUGGAAAAGUUUCAUAUGAAGAAGGAGUAAGUGAUGUUAUAGAUUCAGAAGAUAUGAUUCAAUAAUAAAGUGAAACACAAAAAUAAUUCUUAUAUAGAUUAUGCAUGCCUUAAUUAAUAUAAGAACAUUAAGAAUAUGAAAUUGUUAAAGAAAUGGUGAAUAAAUAUUAUAGAAUAAUUGAAUUCUAUUCAGUAUCAAUUUGA